AUGGCCAGCCACAAGAAUAUCGGGGUGGGGCUUAGAGCGGAGAAGUCAGGUCUGCUGUUUGCUCCACAAUUACUUGAUUUCAAAGAACAUAAACCACAGGUGCCUCAGAACUCACAGGGAAGUAAGAAUAACGCAGAAGACAUCCCGGGAGGGCAUGUGAAGAGGCUGACACAAGGUCAACCUGAAGGACAAGAGAACUCCUUACUUCAGAGUCCCCCAGUACAACCUGCAUCCUCAAGGCUAGUGACGCGAAAUGACAGCCGUGUUUCCAGAUUUACCAGGACAGUUAACAGUCUUCAGGCCCGCAGAGAGAAUGAGGACCAACGUGUACCACCACAUGACCAAGAGCUGAAGAAUACAGUUGGUCAUGACCCCCCAGGAGUUAUGGAUAAAAAGACACCCACCGUGAAAGUUCUAGUUGCCAACGAACAAGUGUCAGUUCACAGUUGGCAAGACAUAGUUAACAAAGUGAACGCCAAGAUGACCGAAGCAGAAAAGAAAAAUGGCGUCAGUAACGCUGUCACAAAGUCUGACCGCCAUCCAACUGAAAAUCGGAAACAUGGGCUACCACAACAGGGCAACCACAAAAUGGAGGCAGAUGUAGAAUCGGAGCUGGAUGCUGGGAUGAUUGACAGAGAGGAGACCCUGCAGUCUCAGAAGCAGCACGUAGGGCAGGAUACGCUGGUUCCAGAGGAAGUGGUUGAUCCAGCCAAAGAUCCCAACAAUCAAGGUGAGGACGAAUUUGAAGAAGCUGAAAUUGACAGACCGGAGUUUGAGGAGAAAGGGGAAGUGGGGAAAAAUGCAGUGUAUGAGAAGGCAGAACAGAAAGUGGUGUUCUUACAGGCAGCUGAUGCCAAAAUGAAAUCUAGAGAAGAGCCGGAAGAACCUUACCAGGAUGACCAAGAACAGGACAUUGUAUGAUAACAUUUUGGUUUUUAAAGGGUGUGGCAUGGGUAGUGAAUUUAUUUCGGUGAAUAGAAGAUAUAUCAAG